AGAGAGAGAUAAAUCUCCGCCUUCCCCCACCCCUCCCCACAUCCGUCGCCAAACCCUACCCUUCGUCGGCGGAGAUCUUUCCUCCGAUCCUUCGAAGGAUUUCCGGCCUCCGCUCUCGAUUCUCUCUCUUCUCCGAUCUCUCUUCCGGCAUUCGCAGAUCGGAUCCCGAUAUAUCCAAUCCACCAGUUUUAGGACUGUUCUGUGAGAUCUUUGCUGGAUCACGUGGGAAGGUUUCAUAGGAGUUGGCAGCUUAACAGAAAAUUGAGUGUAAUCUAAAGAAACCAUGAAGAAAGCUUUUGAUCAAACUGUUCGGGACCUCAAGAGGGAGGUGAAUAAGAAAGUUUUGAAGAUCCCAGGAAUAGAGCAGAAGAUUCUUGAUGCAACAAGCAAUGAGCCUUGGGGGCCACAUGGAUCACACUUGGCUGAUAUUGCACAAGCGACUCGAAACAUUCAUGAAUACCAGAUGAUUAUGCAUGUCAUAUGGAAGAGGAUCAAUGAUACUGGAAAGAACUGGCGUCAUGUUUACAAGGCACUGAUUGUUCUGGAUUAUCUAGUUGCAAAUGGAUCUGAACGCGUCAUCAAUGAAAUUAAAGAUCACAGUUACCAAAUAUUGACACUAUCCAACUUCCAGUAUAUUGACUCUAGUGGAAGGGACCAGGGAAACAAUGUUAGAAGGAAAUCUCAGAGUCUUGUUGCUCUGGUGAAUGAUAAAGAAAGAAUACAAGAAGUUAGGCAGAAAGCCCUUGCUAACAGGGACAAGUAUCGCAGUGCAUUCUCAACUGGUGGAACAUACAGGCCCGGUUCAUAUUCGAGUACAGGAGGCUAUGGUGACCGUUAUGAUGAUGAUCGUUAUGAUGGUCGUUAUGGUAGUAGAGAUGAAGACCGCAAUGGGUAUGGAAGGGAAAGAGAAUGGGGGUAUAGGGAUGAUGAUAGAUAUGGCAGAGGUGGUGAUCCAUAUAGUCGAGAAGGGGAUCGGUAUGGUAGAGAUUUUGAUGACCGUUAUGGAAGAGAGAGUUAUAGAGAUGAUGAUUAUAGAGGAAGCCGCAGCAAUGAUGAUUAUCAGUAUGGGUCAAGGAAUAGGAGCUUCGAUAGAGACAGAGAUCGUUCAUUUGAUGACGAUGACCAUUAUUCAUCUCGAAGUGGUGGUGGCAGAGCAGAUGACCCUUCUCGAGAUGAAAGGCGAUUCGAGCACAAGCUUUCUGAGCAAAAUGUCAGUGCACCACCCAGCUAUGAAGAAGUCACAAGAGAUACCCAACCCCAUUUGCAGGAAGAAAAAAAUGGAGGCAUUGUGGCAGCAGCUGGACCAAAAGCAUCACCACCCUCUGCACCUCAAGCAAGCUCUCCUAGGGAAAGUGCAAGUCAAAGCCCAGACAAUGCUGUACGUGGUGUGCCUGCACCUGCUGAACCCAAGGCUAUUGAUGGUUUUGAUGAGUUUGAUCCACGGGGUUCUGUGUCAGCCGCCCCGCCUGCCGCCCCACCUGCAGCAAGUAGCUUGGAGAUGGACUUAUUUGGAUCCCUACCAGCAUCAGAUCCUAUAAAUUCUCUGGCUCUGAUGUCAGUAACUUCUACCACCGCUGCUCCUGAGGCUCAUGUUUCAGCAAAUUUGGGUUUUGAGACAAAUUUUGUAGCUUUGUCAUCAGCAUCCACUGUACUGAGCCAGCCUAGUGAAAAUCCUUUCGGGGAGCCUCCUUUUAAGGCUACUCAAGAAAGUUCUCCUGCUCAGCAACAGAAUUUUGCACCUGUCACUUCUGCCCAGCUUCCUUCCAGCUCAACUAGACGUGCUGAACCUUCUCUACCUGUGGCCCCCACGAUGGAAACAGCUGCAAGCUUUGACUUUGGCGGCACAUUUGGUGAUAUUACUUAUAGUCCUACCGUCCCUAAUGGUCAACAACCUCCUUUUGCAAGCCCAGCAAAUUUGGCGCCUGUAGCGUCUGAGGCACUGGCAGGCGGUAACAUUCCAGGUAUGCUUCCUCCAGAAGCAGGAACUGCGGCCUUUGUUCCUUCACAGGUAACUCCACCUGCUGCACCAACAAAUAUACAAACAACCCAUUCAAACCUUCUCCCUCAAUCAGGGCCACCGGCUCCACUAGCUUCACAAGCAGCUCCAGUUACUGCACAGGCGGCUCAGCCUACCACAACAAAUAUAGAGGCAGGCCCUUAUAUGAAUCUUCUUUCGCAGUCCGGGCUAUCAGGGCCUUCUUUUCCUUUAGGUUCUGCUUCUACUUCAGCUUUACCUCCGGCAAAAGCUCAGCCAUCCAAAGAAAAGUUUGAGACCAAAUCAACAGUUUGGGCUGACACAUUGAGUCGAGGUCUUGUCAAUCUAAACAUUUCUGGACCUAAAAUCAAUCCACAUGCAGAUAUUGGAAUUGAUUUUGAUUCCAUCAAUCGGAAGGAGAAACUAAAAGAGGAAAAGAAAAGCUCUGCAGCUCCAGCGACAUCUACUGUUAGCAUGGGCAAAGCUAUGGGAGCUGGUUCUGGAUAUGGCCGGGCAGGUGUGAGUGGCCUGGCACCCCCUCCAAACCCCAUGAUGGGCUCUGGCAUGGGCAUGGGUGGUGGUGUUGGAACAGGAAUGGGAAUGGGAAUGGGCAUUGGUGGUUAUGGUGGGGGCAUGAAUCAACCGAUGGGCAUGGGCAUGGGCAUGGGGAUGAAUAUGGGUAUGGGAAUGGGCAUGGGAAUGCCAAUGCGGCCACCCACCGGAAUGGUUCCUUCCGGACCUGGCAUGCCUGGUGUUGUCUACAAUCCCAUGAUGGGUAUGGGCAACUAUGGUUCACAACGGCCAUAUGGAGGUGGAUAUAGGUGAGGCACAAUGUUCAUACAUAGAAAAAUUGAUACAGAGCGAAAAAAGAAACCGAAUUCUAGGAUUGCCUGCACGUCCAUUGCUGUAUCCGUGAGUUGGUUUUGGGUCAUCUUUUUAUCUAGUUGGGAGAUGGGAGAUAUAUUUUUAUAUAUGACUAAUCAAUCAGUUUGGUUUUGGCAAUGUUGCAACUGUCUUUGUUGUAUCAAGUCAGACUUGUUACUUCAGCUGUGAAGUAUGACCAGAUUUAUUACAGCAUGUUUGCUGAAUAGAAAAAUAAAGAUUAUUAUUUGAUUUAGUAUUGGGAAUAGAUGUUCGUUCCGG